AUGCUAAAGCGUAUUCAAUCCGGUAAUACGGUAUCAUCAGGCUCAUCAUCGAGCCAAUAUUCAAGUGGAUCCAAUUACAAUUCCAACAAUAAUAACAACAACAAUACAACUGGCUCCUCUUCUCCUACUCUCCGAGACCAACAACAAGAACAAUUUAAAAAAGUUCUUGCUCAACUUUUAAAAUUACCAUGCAAUGCGGAAUGUGCAGAUUGUACCGAAGCUCGUCCUGUAUGGUGUAGCGCUACCUUUGGUACUUUUAUUUGUUUGAGAUGUGCUGGAAUUCAUCGUUCUUUAGGUUCACAUAUUUCCUUUGUAAGAAGUGCUGAAAUGGAUAAAUGGGAUGAAAAACAUGUCAAACUCAUGCAAUUAAUGGGAAAUGAAAGAGCACGUGAAUAUUUUGAACAUGAAUUACCAAGCGAUAAAAAGAAACCAUCUCGAUUGGAUUCUACAAAUGUGGUUGAACAAUUUAUUAAGGAUAAAUAUGUGAGCUUGAAAUAUGUUCCUAAAAAAGAAGAUGGAAAAAAGAUGACAUUUAGAGAAUUUUUGGAAUUGGUCAAGAAUGCAAGUUCUGAUAAGCAAAAAACUGUUGAUUCUACGAGUGGCAAUGAAAAAAAGAAAAAGAGUGUCAAGUCUCCUACAACCGAUGAAGUAAAAAAGAAGAAGAAGAAGAAACCAACCACCAACAAUGAGGAUGGAAAGAGUGUUGAAGACAUUAUUGGAGUGUCACCUAGUGCAAGCUCUACACAAUCUGUUAAUUUUACAUUUGAUGAUUUACUUUCAAGUCCAUUGAGUGUUGAAUCGACAACAACAACACCCACUGUUGCGACAACACCAUCUCAGGUCAAUAACACAGCAGAUCCAAAUACCUUGAUGGGAUUUUUAAGUGAUAAAUUUUCAUUGAUUGAUUUGGGAAAUAGCAAGACAAGUCCAACUGUUGUCAAUACAACAACAACCAAUGUCAGUACAGUUGCUGUUGUUGCUAAUAAUACAAAUACUACCAAGCAAGAUUCAAAUGGAGCUACAAAAAGUGAAGUGAAAAAGAAGACUAAAAAGUCUGUCAAGCCCAUUAAAACUUCUUCAUUCGAAGAUGAUGAAGAAGAAGACGAGUAUGAUGCAAUUUUCCAAAAACCAGCAUCAUCUACAACAACAGAUCAAGAACAGAAAAAGAAUGCAAUUUUGGAUUUGUGGAAAUAA